GCGGGUCCCAGGUGAUAAACACCCCUUGUGAAAUGUGGGACUUGACAAGAACUACGUGCAUGCGUCCUCUACCGUCGACAUAACUGACAACCAUGGCGCAAUAUGAACGGGUCUCGUGUCUGCAACAUAGAAGUUCUUGAAUGCAUAAUUACCACUGACGACAAUGGUGGACAUCGAUAAAGUGUUCACCGUUGACCUCAACUUCAACAAACAUGCUCCCAUUGAUGUCCGUGUAGAAGACCUGUCCUACUCUGUCAGUGACAGGCCAGUCAAGAUAUGGCAGAGACUGGCGGCACUGCAGAUGCCCUGGGAAUGGUUGGAGGAACCACAGACCAAGAUGGUGCUCAGAAAUAUCUCCUUCGCAGUCAAGAGCGGCAAGAUGCUGGCCAUCAUGGGAAGCUCAGGAAGCGGAAAGACAUCACUGCUUGACGUGAUGGCGUGCAGGACGAUGACAGGGGAGGUAACUGGUGAGGUCUACCUGAACGGUGCUGCGCGAACAAGGACUAUGUUAGACACCUGCUCAGCCUAUGUGCGACAGGACGACCGGCUGCUGGGGAACCUGACUGUGAGAGAGACACUAAUGUUUGUAGCACAGCUGAAACUUCCCACCAAUAUGAAGCAGAUUGAGGUAGAAGACAGGGUAAAAAAUGUGAUGUCGGAGUUGGGUCUGUCCCAUGUUGCUGAUACCAGGGUUGGGAACUCCGAGAUAAGGGGCGUGUCGGGCGGGGAGAGGAGAAGGAUCAGCAUCGGGAUACAGCUGCUGGUAGAUCCAAGUAUACUGUUUCUGGACGAGCCAACUUCAGGACUAGAUUCCUUCACAGCUCACCACCUCGUGAAAACAUUGGCAAAUCUCGCAAAGAAUGACAGAAGUGUUCUUUUAUCAAUACACCAACCAAGGUCUGACAUAUUCGAGCUGUUCGACCUGGUGUUGCUGUUGUCCCGAGGUCAGAUGGUGUACUACGGCGAGGCGAGAAAGAUGGUGGACUACUUCACGGACCUCGGCUUUCCGUGCCCAGAACUCACCAAUCCCUGUGAUCAUUAUAUGGAUCUGGCGACGGUGGACACGACAACAGAUAACACGGAAAACAGGAGUUCCGACAUCUCCGACAGUCUGGUGGCGGCCUACACACGCCAUGCUGCGUCUGCAAGCCUUGAAGACAAUAGCGCUGAUGGUGAGACCAAGAAACCAGGAUUCGACCCACUCCAGGCAGCCUUUAAAACAAACAAGUACCAACCCGGCGAGCUAAGACAGUUUUCAGUGCUCUUCAAUCGGUCAAUGAGGAAUUUAGUAGAAGACUAUGCUCUGCUCUUGGUCCAGUUCCUGCAAGCUCUCUCCAUGUCCCUUAUCCUGGGUUUCGUCUUCUUCGAGCUCAAGAGGGACCAGUUGUCUUUGAGGGACCACUUUGGGUUGCUCUACAUGAUCAGCGUCAUGUACCCCUACAUGAUCGUCCUGGAUGUCAUCGGGCAGUGUCAUAAAGAAAGACGAUAUCUAUAUUUUGAGCUUCAAGAUAAACUAUAUUCAGCGGGGGCUUACUAUUUUGCGAAGUUGCUGAGCGAGCUCCCAUUCCACACGUUCUUCGUAACAGUGUACAUGAUACCUAUGUACUUCCUCGCCAACCUGGAAAUGGACGCAUGGGUCUUCCUCAAAGUCUUCGCCAUUAUCUUCAUCUCUGUCUACUGCUCACGUAGCCUCGCUAUGUUCUCAGCAUCUCUCAUGCCAACUUUUCAAAUCUCGGGAUUCUUUGCACAGAGCUUUUUCUCCAUUUUCAUCAUGUCCGCCGGCUUCUUCAUCAACCUCGACAACAUUCUCUCCUGGUUAAGAUGGGUGGCUGACGUGUCGUAUCUUCGAUGGGGGUUCGAAGGGCUGUGUUUGGUUGUAGUGUCCCCCCUCAACUUUACCUGCGACGGGGUCCCGGAAGCUUUCUGUGUGGCGACGGGCGAGGAAGCUAUGUCGAUGUAUGCCUUCAGAGAUGAAAAGAUCUGGGAAGCGGUGGUCGGAAUAUGUGCUUCCAUUUUUGUCUUCUUAUUGUUAUAUUUUGUAGGACUCAAAUACAUCCCACAAAAACCACACGAAGCCUGAAGGUUUUACAAUUCAUGAAUGUGGAUCAAGCAACUACCAUUGUCUCGGAUAACUUAACAUAUCUGUUAUAUUACACAUGUGUUUAUCUCAAAAAAUCUAUUCUCGGACAACCUUACAUUUAUGUUUUCUUCUAGUCGUGCAUUUGAAACCUUGAUAUUUCGACAUUAUUAUGUAAACCCCUUAAAUCGCGAUAUAUAUUUGUGUUCCAAAUCCCGAUAUCUCGAUGCAUAUAAUCGCAGUUGACAUUUACGAAUAUGAUUCUGUGACUCCAUUUUGGGGCAGUGUAGUUCCUGUUUCAUGAUCUACCUUUCCUCAAUUUUCCUUCUCCUGUUGACGUAUUGAACAUUAUUCAGUUAUACCUGUUAGCAUGAUGUGUUAUGAAAGCCCAAAGUGAUGCUGUUAUUUGACGUUUACCACUUUGGGAAACCAACAAGCACAUUUGCUGACAAACCAAGAAUAAUCAGGGCGAACCCUCUUUCUUUAGAGAUUGUGGUAGUUGGCUGUAAUGUGAUCUCUACAUUUCCGCGUUUAAUUCCACUUAUGACAGACUGUGAGUUCCUGCCACUGGACAUGUCCCUAUAAUGUAUUCUAUGACGUGUCCAGUGACAUACUAGUUACUGUUACUCAGGCUGUCUCUACGCGACGCCUAAUAUAACGUCACCAGACGGAACCUUAGUUGAAUAAGAAUUUAAUAUGUAUGUGCUCAUACCAUUAUGAAUAAUCAGACAGGCUGAAGAUGAAAUAUUUGCCCGUUUAAGUUGGUUGGUUGGUUGGUUUGUUGUUUAACGUCGCACUCAGCAAUAUUCCAGCUAUAUGACGGCGGUCUGUAAAUAAUCGAGUCUGGACAAGACAAUCCAGUGAUUAAUAUCAUGAGCAUCG